CCAGCGUUGUUUUCUUUCUCAAGGACUUUAUGAUCUCUUUCUACUAUGCCCGAACCUACUAAAUCCGCUCCGGCACCCAAGAAGGGUUCCAAGAAGGCGGUGACCAAAGCGCAGAAAAAGGACGGUAAGAAGCGCAAGCGCAGCCGCAAGGAGAGCUACUCGGUGUACGUGUACAAGGUGCUCAAGCAGGUCCACCCCGACACCGGCAUCUCGUCCAAGGCCAUGGGCAUCAUGAACUCGUUCGUCAACGACAUCUUCGAGCGCAUCGCGGGCGAGGCGUCGCGCCUGGCGCAUUAUAACAAGCGCUCGACCAUCACCUCCAGGGAGAUCCAGACGGCCGUGCGCCUGCUGCUGCCCGGGGAGCUGGCCAAGCACGCUGUGUCCGAGGGCACCAAAGCCGUCACCAAGUACACCAGCUCCAAGUAAACUUGGUCCCGUAAUUGUGUUAAUCCAAUGGCUCUUUUCAGAGCCACCCAUCCUUUCAGAGAAAUAGCUGGAGCAUUUUUCUUGUACUCUAGUUUCUCUUAAAAGU